UCCAAGUAAAUCAUUUGUGAUAGUGCCGUCAAACGAGUCGAAAAGAGCAAUUCGCCUGCUGCACUUCUUGCAAAUAUACUUAGUGUACGUUUGGUUUCUCAUCCGAAUCUAUCUGCGUAGAUACACUUCGCGCUUAAUAAUAUAGACCAUACACUUUAACAUUAUCAUUAUGAUUCAACAAAAGGUCGUUGUCGUUGUACUUUUCAAUAUAUUCUUAACAUCACUUGUGUAUGCCCAAUAUGGCAGUCCUAUUGGAAACAGCAAUCCAGGAUACGGUGGUACUGGAACAAGUGUACCAUCAGGAGAUUAUGGACACAAAGGUCAAAGCCCAAUCGGAGGAGGAGCUGGUGGAUCAGAUGGAAAUUCAGAACCGGAACCUUUCAACUUUGCUUAUCAAGUUAAAGAUGCACCCACCUAUACAGAUUUCAAGCACGAAGCCAACAGUGACGGAAAACGAGUAACUGGAUCUUACAGCGUAUUGUUGCCAGACGGACGUAAUCAAGUAGUAACAUAUACUGCUGAUGAAAAUGGUUACAAUGCUAAGGUCAACUAUGAAGGUGAAGCAAGACCACAACCAGGUAGUCCGGGCCAAGGUGGAUAUCCAUCGGCACCAAGUUAUCCUUCUUCAGCUCCAGGUUUUCCUUCUUCUGCUCCAGGUUAUCCUUCUGCUCCUAGCUAUUCUUCUUCUGCUCCUAGCUAUCCUUCUUCAGCAUCGGGUUACUCACCUUCUGCUUCAAGCUAUUCACCUGGAGGUGUUAAGGGAUCUUAUGCUGCACCUCAACCCAAAAAUGGAGGAUACUAAAAAAACUCCAACAUUUUUUUUUACGUUUAUUUAAAAGUUUAUAAUAAUUCAUGAUAAAAAAUUUUAAGUCAAUUUCA